GCCCAAUAAUGUGGAGCUUAUUACCGCCGUGGAUCCCAUUAUCAUGUACCGUUAUAAAAAGAAGAACCACCGCUAAAACCUUUUUCAGCGACUCCAAACACUUUUGCAUUCGUUUCACCUUCAUCUUCAAUGGCCGAUCCUGGUUUCGCUACGAACAAAAGGGACCCUAUCAAAUCAUCAGUUGUGAAUGCUGCGGGUACAAGAAGACGCCAACUUGCAGUUACAGUUGGGAAAGAAAGGAGGGAAUCGUUGGUUCGUGCCAAACGACUUUGUAGAGUUGGAGUUAGUGAUGCUGAAGUUGAUGUUGAUGUUGAAGGUGAAAUGAUGAUAGACGAAGAACAAUCUAUUUUGGAGUCUCAAACUUCUUUGGCUGUUGAAAAUUUGAAAUCUGCUCUUGCUUAUCAGGGGAAGGGUGCAGUGCAGAAAAGAGUAGGCGCCCUUCAAGAAUUAAGGCGUUUACUGUCAAGAUCUGAAUUUCCUCCUGUUGAGUCUGCUGUUAAAGCUGGAGCAGUUGCCAUACUAGUGCAGUGUCUUUCAUUUGGUUCUCCAGAUGAACAGUUGCUUGAAGCUGCUUGGUGUCUUACAAAUAUUGCUGCAGGGAAUCCAGAGGAAACAAAAGCUUUGCUUCCUGCAUUGCCUUUGCUUAUUGCUCACCUUGGGGAAAAGAGCUCCUCACCUGUUGCUGAGCAGUGUGCUUGGGCACUAGGAAAUGUGGCCGGUGAAGAUGAAGAGUUGAGGAAUGUUCUUCUAAUUCAAGGGGCCUUAGUACCUCUUGCAAGAAUGAUGCUACCAUACAGACGUUCAACUGUUAGAACAGCGGCCUGGGCUUUGUCUAAUCUAAUCAAGGGUCCAAAUCCUAAAGCUGCUAACGAACUUAUACGUGUUGAUGGAGUAUUGGAUGCAAUUGUUCGACACUUAACGAAAGCGGACGAUGAAUCAGCUACUGAAGUAGCAUGGGUAGUUGUUUAUCUUUCAGCACUUUCAAAUUUAGCUACCUCCGUGCUGGUGAAGAGUGACGUACUUCAAUUGCUUGUAAAUAGAUUAGCAACAUCAAACAGUUUGCAAUUAAUGAUUCCGGUUUUGCGAAGUUUAGGUAAUCUCGUUGCUGGUGAUUCCCAUGCAACUUAUGCUGUUCUUGUACCUGGACUUGAAGUUACAGAUACUGCCAUGCAAGCUCUGAUAAAAUGUCUAAAUAGUGAACACAGGGUCUUAAAGAAGGAAGCAGCAUGGGUGCUAUCUAAUAUAGCUGCUGGUUCUAUUGAGCACAAGCAAUUGAUAUAUUCUAGUGAGACACUGCCUUUGCUAUUGCACCUUUUUUCUGCCGCCCCAUUUGAUAUAAGAAAGGAAGUUGCUUACAUAUUAGGCAACAUUUGUGUUGCCCCAACUAAAGGUGACGAGAUACCAAAUCUUAUCCUGGAGCAUUUGGUUUCACUUGUUGAAAAAGGAUGCUUGCCAGGUUUUAUUGAUUUGGUUAGAUCUGCUGAUAUCGAAGCUGCCAAGCUAGGGCUUCAGUUUAUAGAGCUGGUCUUGAGAGGGAUGCCAAAUGGAAAGGGCCCAAAGCUUGUAGAACAAGAAGAUGGGAUUGAAGCCAUGGAAAGAUUUCAGUUUCACGAAAAUGAAGACGUCAGAACUAUGGCAAAUAGUCUAGUUGACAAGUAUUUUGGUGAGGACUAUGGGCUUGAUGAGUAGUAGGGGCGAGAAUAGCUGAGAUGCCAAUCGUUUUUGUUCGUGUAAUGCAUUCCCUUGCCUCAACUCCAUGUCAUAUGCAGCAAUUUUAGUGACAAACAUGGCUGAACAUUCUUCAUCAAAGGUCAAUAGAAUCUGUAUUUGGGAUUGAGAGGUUUGAUAAAAAAAAUCUGCUGCUUGUGGUUAUACUCUUUUCAUUGGUCUUGUGAUGGACUGAAAGUGUAAUUUUUAGUAGGUUAAUUUUUUGUAGUUCAGUUCAAGUUUUUUCUUACUUUGUUAUUUAGUACUGAAAAGAAAAAGUUACCAGUUGCGACCUAAAA